GAUUGCCAUUGUGAGCAACCGGUUCCGACUCUGUCCCGCUGCCCGACACCUGGCCGUUUACCUGUUGGACCUCUUCAUGGAUCGUUACGACAUCUCCAUUCAACAGCUGCACGUGGUGGCGCUAUCCUGCCUGCUUUUAGCCAGUAAAUUUGAAGAUAAGGAAGACAGUGUGCCUAAACUUGAACAGCUGAACAGCUUGGGGUGCAUGACCAACAUGAGCCUGGUCCUAACCAAGCAGAAUUUGCUGCACAUGGAGCUGCUCCUGCUAGAAACUUUCCAGUGGAACCUCUGCCUGCCCACAGCGGCUCAUUUCAUAGACUACUAUCUCUCGAUCGCCGUUCACGAAUCCGACCUGCAUGACGGAUGGCCGAUGGUCUGCUUGGAAAAGACCAAAUUGUACAUGGCCAAAUACGCCGACUACUUCCUGGAAGUAUCCCUGCAAGGGCCCAUGAUAAUGAUGUCAAAGAAGCCAACAAACAAAAGGGACAGCAUAGCUCUCAACCACCCCGUAACGCUUUAUUUCAAACAACCGGCCAACCCACACCGCAGCACAUACCCCAUUAUAUUCAAGCGCAUCAGACGUCUCUGCCCUAUCUUCAACCAGCAACGCAACAAAACUGCCAGCCAAUUAUGCCAAGCGGUCGUACCUCAGCCUACCCAAUGCAGACUUGCCCUGUUGGUUUACAAGGUGGCGCUCAGGCUCAAAGCCACAUGCAGGUUUCGGAAAUGCCGCUAGCCGUCCCUAUAGAGGUGAAGCCGUGUUUAAACGUCUCCUACAAUCGAACCUAUCAGAUUGCGGGAUGUUACCCUUGUAUUACUCCAUGCUUUGAGAGGUGACAUCGGUGUGGCCAGUGUUAAAUCAAUAAUAAAGGGGACAAUUUGGGGUCCUCCUAAAACCUGGGAAGUGGCUGGAAGAGAAACACCAUAUUUUUCUCCCGGUUCUCUCGGUUGCAGAAGCUGCAAGUACAAGAAUGUGCCUGCUUGAGGAAUAAUGGAGGAAGAUGGAAAAAAAUAUAUAUUUCUGCCACACUGUAGUUCUACAGGCUGAACUUAAAACAUGUUGAGAGACACCUGUCCUGUCUGCAGGUUUUGUCUUCCUGAAAAGAUGAAAGAUUAUACGUGAUCUUGAUGACGCUUAGCCCUGUGCAGUAUUGAGUAAGAUACCGAACCGUGAAAAUCCACUAAGUGCCGUUGCUUUCCAGAAGAUGGAGAGGCCUUCUUCAUCUUAAUGAGCAGCUCAAUUCUUUUGAGAUGACCCACGGAUGAGAACUUGUAUUUCGGUGGCCUUGGAUUAAUGUUCUUCAAUCUUCUACUUCAAGUAUUCUUGCCUUCGCUGAAGCUAGGUACAAUUGAAAUGCUUACAAGAAAUAAAGCCUUAUUGAUGUUGGCCAGAGAGCAGAAUGAGAAAUGGAAGUUCUCGGAAGUUCUCGGACUCUUACUGUAUUUCUCGGACUCAACUGUAUUUCCAUAUUUCUAUUUCUUUGGCCACAUCAGCUGCAAUUCAGGUAUUUUUAUAAUUGUGAGCUAAGCAGUCGUAAUAAGGGUGC